AGAAAUCAAGCAAAAGAACAAAUGAAAAGAGAUCGAGAAAAGUAAGCCAAAUAAAAAGAAGAGGGUAAAAUAAAAGUAAAUGGAGCAAAUACAGUUUCUUUGGGCUUCAGGAUGACUUUCGUUAUGUUCCUCCAGCCGAUAUCUGCACUUGGAGUUCGGCCUUUUUUGUCCACGAGGUGGCUCCGAUAAGUUACGAGGUAACCGGCCGGUUUGUUCAACAACUCCAACUCCCAAUUUCAACCGACCCUGAGCCAACGUCAAUUCCCGCUCUGUCACUUUCCGCCACUCGAAGCCCCCUUCCAGGCUGCGGCUUCGCUGUCCCAUGUCCGGUGAUCGCCCCCCACUUCCACCGUUGGAACCCGGAACCUUUCGAGGCGCCGACGGUACUAUCCGCCGCUUUCUCGUCAACACCUCCGGCUCCCCCUCCGAUGACCGAGCGACUGAAACCGCCUCCGCGAGGUUGUACACAGUAAUCCAGCAAUUCCACGACGACUUCCAAAGACUCAGCCAGCGCCCGUCUACCACCCCCCGGAGUACGGACCCGGCCGUCGGCAGAAUGGCCUCGGGCUCGGACGGAGACUUGCGACCGAGAUUCAACCGAGAUCCGCAACCGCCAAACGCCCUCCUCUCCACCUCUGCCGCCUCGCCCGGUUCUCCCUCUCUCCCGCCGCUACGAUCUCUCGAUCCGAGAUCGCGGGCCCCGCCCACCACGUUUACCGGAUCGGGGUCCCGCUCCAGCCGCUACCGUCCCGCUGGCCGGUACCUAGACAGGGUUCGCUCGCACCUCGGCGCUACCCUUGAUGACCUGAACCGAAACAUCCACGACACCGACGCACAGCUACGAGCAUUGGUGGAUUUCACCAAUAAUCCUGUCAUGCCGCGCGCACCUUCCGCCGUUUCAGACACACCCAACGACGUGGACAUGGCCGAUGCGAACCGCCGCAUCAAGCGUCGAAAGCUGGAUACGGAUAGGACCACCUCGAGCUAUAAGGGCUUCCGUUAUGGCAGAUACGGCCAAGUCGAGCCCGGUCAGCUGAAUAUGGAAAUUGUGAGCUGCGACGGGGGACUCUACUCGGAUGAGCACUCGUACCCACCCGAGAACAUCCUGAAGAACGAUUCCUCUGUCUACUGCACCAAGAGCAACCGCUGUAACAUUGUCCUAAAGCACCAGGGCGGGACCGUGUUCAGCCUGCAGGAACUCGUCAUCAAAGCCCCCGGGUCCAAAUUCUCAUGCCCUAUCCGUGAGGGCAUGGUGUUCGUGUCAAUGGGGUCGGACGACCUACUUAACCGUACCGCACAGUAUCAAAUCCAGUAUCUCCCUUCCCGCAGCCACCGGCGUGGGACCGUCUACUUCCGUCACGAGGAGGACGGCCUUCCCCGAAUACAGCGUCGGUCUCUGCGGGCGUACAGCUACGGCGCGGAUGACGACGACGAGGACGGCGGCGACGGCAGGACAGCACAGAUUCCGCCAGAGUUUACUGCUUCCCCGCCCCCGUUCAAUGUCACCACCGUAUGUAGCGAGGACGAAAGCGACGGCGAAGAGCACUCUUCAAACCUGCCGGCCCCUCGCCAGCCGACUCGCCAACCGGCCCGGGCCUUGCCGUUUGAAAGCGACAGCGACUACGACGACGAUGACGACAACGACGAAGAAAGCAUCCAAAUCUUUGGCGGCCCACACCGGCCUUGGCCCGCGGACGAGGACGAGCUCGCUCACGGUGGCAACGCCGCCGUCGUCCUUCGGCGGCGGUACCGCGCCUCCCGCCUCCACGGCGGCGCGCCUCCCGGCAGCAACCGAACCGGCAACAACAACCACCAAAACGGCAGCGGAAGCGGUAGCGGCAGCGGUAGCACCAGCGCCGGCGGGAACGGCAUGACGCUCGAGGAGGCGCAGGAGGCGUCGCAGAUCGCGACGCAGGAGGCCGUGCGGGCGGUCGGCGGCGAGCUGAUGGCGCCGCUGGCGCACUUCUUCAUCGAGAAGGACAAGAACAAGUGCACGGUGCGGUUCGACCCGCCCGUCAGCGGCCGCCUCAUCCUGCUCAAGAUGUGGAGCACGCACCAGGACCCGCAGAAGAAUAUCGACAUCCAGGCCGUGGUGGCCAAGGGGUUCGCGGGGCCGAGGUAUUGUCCCGCGGUUGAGCUAGCUUAGACGCACUUGGGGGGGGGGUUGGGGGUUUGGGAUGUCCUCGGAGGCUUGAGCUGGGUUGGGGAUGGUUUUAUCACAUGGGGAACGUAUUGGCAUUGCCCUGUUUA